CUUAUUUUAGAAAAUCAAAAACACCGACUGUCAUAAUUUUUUUUUUAUGUUUUACCAUUGUACCCCUGUGCUACCGUGCUCAGGCCUGCUAAACCCUGCUAUGUAAAAUUCAUCCCUCUUUCUUCACUCUCCUCUUAAACCCCAACAGCCGCCCCUCUCUCCGAACUUCGCCCACCGCCAAUUCCCACCAUCUGCGGCCACCUCCGACCAAACUCCGAUCAUUUUCACCAUGCCACGCGCUCGCGCCGGCGCUGCUGCCAAUGAUGAAAUAUAUGGAUUUGUGUCGCUAGAAGAGAUUGAUGAUCGCGAGUAUGAUUUUGCAAUUCCGGAAUUCAGAAAAGGUAGUGUUGAGGAAAAACCAGAGAAUUCGUCUCAGAAGACGAAGAAGAGGAAACGAGUGGAGAAAGUUGGGGUGAAAGAUGUUGAUAAUGUUGAAGUUGAGGCUGAUAAAGUGGUGGAAGCUGGUAAUGUGAAAAAGAAGAAGAUAAUUUUUAAGAAAAAGAAGGCGAAACAAUUGCCAACGCAAGCUAACGAUGGCGAUGUUGAAAUCGCGGCUGAGAAUGAUACGAAAGAGUCUAAUGUAAAACCGAAUAAGAAGAAGAAGAAGAAGAAUAAGAAGGAGAAGCAAGUGCAAACACAUGUUACCGAAACCAACACUGAAAAUGAUGAAGAGUUGGUCGAUGAAGAUGAAUUUAAUGAAUGGAAUGAGCUUAGGCUUCAUCCACUUCUCAUGAAAGCAAUACACAAGCUUGGAUUUAAACAACCGACGCCAAUUCAAAAGGCCUGUAUACCUGCUGCUGCACAUCAGGGAAAGGAUGUUAUUGGUGCUGCAGAGACUGGAUCUGGGAAAACACUUGCCUUUGGCUUGCCAAUCUUACAACGCCUUCUUGAUGAGCAAGAGAAGGUGGAUAAGCUGAUGUUAGAUGAUGCGGAUGCUGCUGAGAUAAUUGCACCAAGAGGCUUCAUCCGAGCUUUGAUAAUAACUCCUACAAGAGAACUUGCCCUUCAGGUGACUGAUCAUCUUAAAGCAGCAGCUACAUCUACUAAUUUCCGGGUGGUUGCUAUUGUUGGCGGAAUGUCAACAGAGAAGCAAGAGAGGCUUUUAAAAGCUAGGCCUGAAAUUAUAGUUGGCACUCCUGGGAGGCUGUGGGAACUCAUGUCAGGGGGAGAAAAGCACCUAGCUGAGUUACAUUCGUUAUCUUUCUUUGUUCUGGAUGAAGCAGAUCGAAUGAUUGAGAAUGGGCAUUUUCAAGAACUACAGUCAAUAAUUGACAUGCUUCCUGGAUCUAUUGGAGCUAAUGAAAAGCACUCCCAGGAUGUGGAGAAUUGCACAACUAUAUCUAAUUUCCAGAGGAAGAAACGUCAAACAUUUGUGUUUUCUGCAACAAUUGCAUUAUCUCGUGACUUUCGCAAAAAGCUAAAACGUGGAACCCUUAAAUUAAAACAGCCAGCUACUGAUGGAUUAUCCUCUUUAGAAGCUCUAUCAGAAAGAGCAGGAAUGAAACCCGAUGCUGCAAUAUUUGAUUUAACCAGUGAAUCAAUAAUGACCAGCAAUCUUGUGGAGUGCUUCCUUGAGUGUAGUGAAGAAGACAAGGAUGCCUACUUGUAUUACAUUUUGUGUGUUCAUGGUCGAGGCCAAACGAUUGUUUUCUGCUCAUCAAUCACUGCAUUACGCCAUGUUGCUGCUCUUUUACGCACCCUUCAAGUAAACAUUUGUAUCCUUCAUGGUGAGAUGCAGCAGCGAGCUCGGUUAAAGGCACUUGAUCGCUUCCGUGAGAAUAAGAAUGGAAUACUUGUUGCUAGUGAUGGGGCUGCUAGAGGACUGGACAUACCCGGAGUUCGUACUGUUAUCCACUAUCAGCUUCCACAUGCAGCAGAAGUUUAUGUGCACAGAAGUGGAAGAACUGCUAGAGCUAAUACUGAUGGAUGCAGUGUGUUACUAGUCUCAUCAAAUGAUAGAGCAAAGUUCUCCUCUUUGUGCAAAUCUUUUGGCAAGGAAUCACUUCAACGUUUUCCUAUCCAAAACUCCUACAUGCCUGAAGUUCAGAAGCGUUUAUCUCUUGCUUGCCAAAUAGAUAAGAUUUCGCGGAGAGACUCAAAGGAAAAAGCAAAUAAGACCUGGAUCAAGCGCAAUGCUGAGGCAAUAGGGCUGGAUGUGGAGGAAAAUGACAGUGAAGAAGAAAGAGUAAAUAAAUGUAGGAAUAUGAAAGCAUCCUCCUUACAAAUGAAAAAACUUCAGCAGGAGCUCAGUAUGUUGCUAUCACGUCCAUUGCAGCCAAAGUCCUUUUCACAUCGCUUCUUGGCUGGGGCUGGCAUUUCGCCACUCCUGCAGCAUCAACUAGAAGAGCUAGCUCAACAGAAUUGGAGCAACGAAAAAAAUUCAGGGGAAAUUAAACAAAAUUUAGCUGUAAUUGGCCAGGAUUGUGUGGAGCCGCUCCAGGCACUUCGGAGGCUGGUCCUGAGACACGGCUGGAUCUCAAUGCGCUUGGAGAGAAGCAACAAGACAUGGAGAGGUUGAGGAGAAAAAGAAAAGAGGCGAAAAAACGUCAAAAAGAGCAAAAGAGGCAGGAUAAGAAAAGGCGGAAAGAAGGCCAGUAAUUGAGAAAAAGGGGAAGAAAGAGCUAAUGAUGGUACAGAAUAUAUGCCUUAUACUGUUAUUGCAUCAUAUCAACAUUGUAUUGAUUCUAUUAGGAUUUAGGAAUAGAGUAAUCUAUAUAAUCUUUAUGUAAUUUUAAACCAAUUCGAUCGGGGGCCUUUAAGAGUAGUCUGUUGGACCCAACAACUUACACAUGAUGGUGAAUUUCACCAAAAUAUGUAGGGAAAUUUAUGUUUUAGUUUGUUAUGACUUCGUAUGUUUUAGUUUAUUAGGACUUCGAGAAUGUCCAAGUUGAGUACUGGGUAACUAUUAUUUCAUUCUUUUUUAUAUGAUUCUUUUCUCUUGUUGCAUUGUAUUCAAUGCAUAUAGUAGGGCAUAAUUUAUUUA